CGUGUGUGUGUGUGUGACGUAACUCACCUCCGCAGAAACGAAACUCAAAGUGCAGGGAGAAGAUUCACUGACUCUGAUGUUUGAGGUUUGGUUUAGUGGGAAACGGUCAAAGUUCCGUUCUCUGUUGCCACAGAGAUGCUGAUGGUCGCCACUGUUUCUCACACACACACACACACACACACACACACACACACAUACACACACAACAAGCCACUUCACUUCAGAUCAGUUCAGAUCUGUGAUCAGAGAGUUCUCACUCAUGGAUCUUCUCUCAUGGAUCGUCUCCCUCCUCUGUGUUGCAGGAUGUCGCUGGUCCUCGGCCUCACCUGUUCUCCGCCUGGACCACGUGGUCCGGCCGGGGCAGAACGUCACGCUGGCCUGUGAGCUGGCGUCCGACGAGGUCACCUGGUACCAGCUGCGUUCUGAUCGUCAGAUGCUGCCGCUGCUGACGGUGACGAUCGAUAAGCUCAAUCAAUCCAUCGUCAGCUUUCACGCUGUGAACAACGUUCGCCUCAGAUGCGACGACUCCGAGGUGACGGGACCCCUCAGUCUGGAGAUCCUGGAGGCGGAGCCAGAAGACAGUGGGACGUACUUCUGCUCAGGACGCUGUGAGGGCGUUGAGUGUUUCAGCCGAGGGAUUCUGGUCUCUGUGGAAGGUUCUGACGGGAUGAGUCGGCCAUGUUGGAGCGGGGGGAUCUGCGUCUUUCCUGCUUCACUCGUCCUCGUCUUCAUCCUUGUCUUCGUCUUCCUCCUCAUCCUCGUCUUCGUCGUCUGCCUCUGCUCAGGUAAAGCAGCUGUUUGCAGCUGGAGCCCAGUGACCUCAGUGACAGAGGGCGAUGCCCUUCAUUACUCCAGUCUGAAGCACGUGAACAGGCCCCGCCCCCCUGGCCCCCGACGGGCGCGAUUGGUCAAAGAGGACGUGACGUACUCGACAGUGACCGCUCGCUAAAACCCGAACGGAUCACCUGACCGCAGAUAGACAGGUCGCCAUAGUAACGUGUUGCUUAAACACACACGAGUUUCACCGCCAUCUGCUGGUGAAAAGGUGAAUGUGUGUAGGGUAUACAAUGCUAAUGCUAAUGUAGCUAAUGUCAUGGACACUUUAUCAUCAUAUUUCAACUGUAGAUUAGAAUGUUUUUUGUUCCUGACCAACCAUAUUAAAUUCAUCAUGACCGGCAGCUAAAGUUGUGUGAAUAUCUUCACGUUAUUGUAAAUUAUCAUGUUAUGUUUGUGUUUGUAUGUUUUAAUCACGUGAAUGUUGUGAAUGAUUCUGACGCGUUUAGAGAAAAUGGGUGAGAAAAAGAGGAAGGUCAAAGACCUUUAAUAAAUCACUCAUCAAACAUUAAUAAAAAUAAUAUCCAUCGUCUUUA